AAAAAAAAAAAAAAAAAAUUACAGCACAGGUGUGUGGUAUAUAAUUAGCAAUGAAUGAAUUCCCUCAUUCUCAAAUAUUUGCAUUCUGGAACCUUUCAAAUUACCUUGUCGGAAUAACACCACCUGUAAAAGUCGUAUCUCUCUCUCUCUCUCUCUAGAAUCCCAAAAUCCCAACCCACAGAGCUACGAACGACAAAAGAAAAAAAAAAAAAAAAAAAAAAGAAUGCCGUUGUGUAACGUGGGCGCUUACCAGAAGGAAGAUGGGGAUGCAUCAAUUAGCAGCAAUGGAAUCAAGAUUUUUUACAGAACCUACGGCAGAGGACCGGUCAAAGUUCUUAUGAUCAUCGGAUUGGCUGGGACCCAUGAUUCUUGGGAGCCACAGAUAAAGGGUCUUGUCGGAACGGUGACUCCAAACGACGAUGAGUUGCCUUCCGAUGAUCGGAGCGGCGAAAGGGUCGCCGGCGGCGUGGAGGUUUGUGCUUUUGAUAACCGUGGAAUGGGUCAGAGCUCCGUUCCCACCAAAAAGUCAGAAUACACGACAAAAAUCAUGGCAAAAGACGCGAUAGCUCUAAUGGAUCAUUUGGGGUGGAGAAAAGCUCAUGUCUUUGGCCAUUCGAUGGGUGCUAUGGUUGCUUGUAAACUUGCUGCAAUGGUACCUGAAAGAAUUUUGUCUUUGGCUUUGUUGAAUGUAACCGGUGGGGGAUACGAAUGCAUUCCAAAGUUUGACCGUAAAACUUUGUCGAUUGCAAUGCGUUUUAUGAGGGCGAAAACUCCCGAGCAGAGAGCAGCUGUUGAUUUAGAUACACAUUACUCUCAGGAAUAUCUUGAAGAGUACGUCGGACAAAAGACCAGAAGAUCAAUCUUAUACCAAGAAUAUGUGAAAGGAAUAUCAGCAACCGGUAUGCAAUCAAAUUACGGGUUUGACGGUCAAGUUAAUGCGUGCUGGACCCAUAAAAUUUCACGAACAGAAAUAGAGUCUAUUCGUGUGGUUGGAUUUCCUAUAUCAGUAAUUCAUGGCAGGCAUGAUGUUAUUGCUCAGAUGUGUCAUGCAAAACGACUUGCAGAGAAAUUAUAUCCAUCUGCAAGAAUGGUUGAACUUAACGGUGGACAUCUCGUUAGCCAUGAGAGAACUGAAGAGGUGAAUAAAUCUCUUGUUGAGUUGAUAAAGGCAUCGGAAAGUACGACAAGUCUAAACGAGUGGACGAAUUUGUCAAAUAAAAGUAGCGGGCAAAAAGUUAGUCUGAUAUCGUUAUCAAGAGCAAGCAGUUCGUCUUUUAUUGUCGAGAGUGUAGAGAAGCUACAUAUAUUCCUAGUGUACUUUUUUGGACUCUUUGUAUUGGCAUUUGAGUACAUACGAAGAGGUGUAAGGCGGCUUAAACCGGUCAGAGUAGGUUCUGCCCUCACAUAAAGCAGGAGUUUGUUUCUUUGCUUUUGCUUAUCGUGGGCGUAAAUCUUCGACCGAAAAACGAGAUACAGCUUAGAAUACGUUAAUUUAAAACAACGAGAUUAUGAUUAUAGAAAGAAAUUUGACGACACUUGGUUUUUUUGCUGGUAUAAUAUGAUACAGCAGGUUUUUUUUUUUUGUAUAAACUAAACACACACACACAUACGUGUGUGUGUGUGUGUGUGUGUGUGUGUGUGUGUGUGUGUUUGUGUAUUCAUGAGAAAAUAGUUAAAAUAUGAACAUGAGUUAUGUUGUUUAUCACCACUAAACAUGCAAAAGAAAUGCUACUUGCCUUGGAGUUA